GUGGGUACUAAGGGCCUGAUUCCAGGCCCUAUGGCCUGUGGAACCUCACCACUGGGGGGAAGGCUGGGCCGGACGGAGUCAUCACCUGUGGUGCCGGCCGCAUGGACGAGGUGGAGUGGAUGCCAAGACAACCCAAGGCCGAGGACCUAAGGGUUGGGCUCAUCAGCUGGGCAGGAUCCUACCUCACUUUUGAGACAUAUAAGAAUAUGGUCACUGCUACUGCAAAGGGUUUGGGCCGGAGACAGACCUGGGAGAUCCUAGUGAGCAAUGAGCAUGACACACAGGCUGUGGUCCGACUAAGAAGCUUGCAGGGCCUUUACCUUCUGUGUGAGGCGAAUGGUUCUGUGUGCUAUGGCCGGCCAAAGACAAGCCAUCAUGGAUGUUUCCUACUCCGUUUCCACCGCAAUGGUAAAUGGACCCUCCAGUGCAUAAUCAGUGGUCGUUAUCUGGAGUCUGAUGGCGAGAAUGUUUUCUGCACUUCCCGGGUCCUCUCAGCAUACCACAUGUGGACCCCCCGGCCAGCCCUGCAUGCCCAUGUGAUCCUCUACAGCCCCCUCAACCACUGCUAUGCCCGGGCUGACCCCACCAUAGGCAGAGUCUGGGUGGACACACCAAUUCCCUGCCUAGAAGAAUGUGGCUUCCUGUUGCACUUCCAAGAUGGAUGCUACCACCUGGAGACCUCUGCACACACCUUCUUGUCCCACUUAGACCGGCUGGUCUCCGAACCCUCAACACAGACAGCUUUUCACAUGCAAGUGCGGCCUGGAGGGCUUGUGGCACUGAGCGAUGGGGAAGGAGGCAUGUUGUAUCCACAGGGCCCACGCCUGCUCCUAAGCCUGGGUUCCAGUCCACAUCGGGGCGAGGAGUGGUUCAUCCUCAAGCGCUGCCCUACCUGGGUCAGCCUCAGGUCAAAGACUCGGAAAUUUCUCUCCGUCAUCUACGAUAUUGAGGUGUGUGCUGCCUCUGAGCAUGUAAUCCCAGUGUCCUUGUUCCAGUUUGAAUGUGAUGGCGAGAGCCCCAACUUGCAGAUUCGUUCAGCCAAUGGCUGCUACCUGGCCCAGAGGCGUCAUAGGACAAUUUUGGCUGAUGGGCACCCACUGGAGUCUGACACCUUCUUUCGUAUGCACUGGAAUUGUGGCAGGAUCAUCCUACAGUCUCCCAAUGGACGCUUCUUGGGCAUCGCACCCAACGGCCUGCUGAUGGCCAAUGCCACCAUUCCAGGCCCAAAUGAGGAAUUUGGGAUUCGAUUAGCCAACCGUCCCUUCCUUGCCUUGCGGGGACGGUACGGGUACGUGGGCACCUCGUCCGAACAUGACCUCCUGCAGUGCAACAUGGAUCAGCCUGACUGCAUUCACCUGCUGCCCUGCCGCCAGGGCAUCUACCACUUCCAAGCACAGAGUGGCUCCUUCUGGUCAAUAACGUCCUUUGGCACUUUUCGCCCUUGGGGAAAGUUCGCCCUCAACUUCUGCAUAGAGCUUCAGGGCAGCAACUUGCUCACGGUGCUGGCACCCAACGGCUUCUACAUGAGAUCAGACCGAAGCGGCACCCUGGUGGCGGACAGCGAAGACAUUACCAGAGAGUGUAUUUGGGAAUUCUAGGUCAAAGGGAUGCCACCUACCAAAAUCCAAAUCCUGCAGGAGAAACUACUCCACUAAACCAAACAGGAACCCCAGAGUCAAGAUCCACGAGAAGAAUAUCUGUUAUACAACUUUUCCCACCCAGUUUAGCAAAACACCUGAUUCGAGCAACAAUACAUCACAAAAGGCCACCCC